AUGUCAGUGCGGACGGCCUUCCAGGCCUUGGCUUUGGCACUGAGUUUGUCUAUUGUAGCAGCUCUGACUGCCUGCCCUUCCGCUGUUAGUUACUAUACUGACAGCGAUGGUGCCAAGUACGCAAUUUGUGCCGCUACGGACUUGCAAGGAACAAGUGCUGUUAUUACAAACAACAUUGCUUCUACGAGUGCCUGUGCCAAGCUUUGCAGCGAUACGACUACAUGUACCAAGGCAGUUUAUGACAACACGAACAAGGUUUGCCAUAUUAAAGACGCCACGGCAGACUUGAACUGGGUUUCCAAUACCCAAUUUGAUGUCAUAUAUAUCAACAACACGCUUGCCGAAGGCGAAAUCAUUGCCAUAUGCCCCUUCACGACUACCACAUACACCGGAAGUGCCAUUUAUACAGUCUGCCCCGACACGGAUCUCCAAGGCACAAGUGCUCAGAUUGUAGACAAUGUUGCAACAACAAACGAUUGUGCAAAAUUAUGUGACACGACUAGUGGAUGCACUCAAGCAGUCUACGACAGUGCAGCCGAAGUUUGUCAUAUCAAGGACACCACUGCUAUGCUGAUCUGGGCCAUGAACAAGCAAUUCGAUGUCAUCAAGAAGAACGUUGCACAAACCCCGGCAAUUACAGGGCAGUGGUCGGAUCUCAUUCGAUUCCCCAUCAUUCCAGUCGCCGCAUACGUUGUCCCGGAAGCACCUGACACUAGCCGAAUGCUGGUUUUCUCAUCGUGGGGCGCCACUACCUUCGGAGGUGCGGGCGGCUACACCCAGUUUGCCGAUUACAAUUGGAAGACCGGAGCAAUUUCGCAGAGGCAGGUAUCUAACACGAACCAUGAUAUGUUCUGCCCAGGCAUGAGUCAGCUGCAAGACGGUAAACUCGUCAUUACAGGUGGAUCUGAUGCCGAGAAGACAAGCAUUUAUGACCCCAAAACGAAUAAUUUUACCCGAGGACCGGAUAUGAAUGUUGCCCGAGGUUACCAGUCUUCAACAACUUUAUCAAACGGCAAGAUCUUCACCAUUGGUGGUUCAUACUCUGGUGGCCUGGGUGGCAAAAACGGUGAAAUAUACGACCCGUCAACAAAUGCUUGGACGCUUCUUGAUGGAGCUGAUGUCACUCCAAUGCUCACCGAUGACCAUGAAGGCAUCUGGAGGGAAGACAACCACGGAUGGCUUUACGGUUGGAAGAACCAGUCGGUUUUCCAGGCUGGACCUUCUCGCACGCAACAUUGGUACGGUACAAGCGGUACAGGCUCAGUAGUGCAAGCAGCAACACGUGAUACGGAUGAUGCUAUGUGCGGUAUCAACGUCAUGUAUGACAUUGGCAAGAUAUUCUCUGCAGGUGGCGCCUCAGAUUAUGAUGCUAGUGAUGGGUUCAAGACUGCGCAUAUCACCACAAUUGGCGAGCCAAAUACCGCGGCGACGGUCGAGCGUGUAGCAGAUAUGGCUUAUGCACGUGCGUUCGGAAACGGCGUCGUACUUCCUGAUGGAACCAUUUUAGUGACUGGGGGCCAGAAGGUAGCCCAUGUCUUCACAGACACUGAUGGCGCUCUCGCAGCCGAGCUCUUUGAUCCGGCCACCAAGUCUUGGAAGACACUUGCGCUGGCUGCUGUCGCACGUAACUACCACUCUGUCUCAUUACUGCUCCCCGACGGUACCGUCUUUAGUGGUGGCGGCGGCCUCUGCUACGUCGGUGCUCCAGGCUCAUCCGAUGCCGCCUGUAACAAGGCCGUAGAUCAUGCUGACGGCCAGAUAUUCACACCGCCCUACCUAUUUAACUCGGAUAACAGUCCUGCCACACGACCUGUGAUUAGUGCCGUAUCCGCAACGUCCGUCCGAGUCGGCGGAAACCUAAGCGCGACAAUGAGCUCGUCGGCGAGUGGUGUGAAAUUCUCUUUGGUGCGCAUCGGCAGCGCAACCCACUCCAUCAACUCUGACCAGCGACGCAUUCCCGUUGCGGCGACGACGCAAAGUGGCACCCAGUACAGUUUUACUCUCGAAAAGGAUAGUGGUAUUCUUCUUCCUGGAUACUACUACUUGUUUGCGUUAUCGAGUGCCGGCGUGCCUUCGAUCGCUAAGACUGUCCAAGUCACCCUGUAGCGACAGGAUUAGAAAAUUGGCUAAUCAAGUUUAGCAACCGCCACUUAUAUGAAUUAAUUGAAUAUUUUGCCAAAAAAU